GUAACAGUGGUGUUGCUUCUGCUGUCAUCAAUGAAAGUGUUGUAGAAGGAGAAGAAGCACGGAAGUUCCUAGAAGAUGUUAAUGUAACAUACCCUCAGGUUUUGCGUGUUGUGAAAACAAGGCAAGCUACAUAUGCAGUGCUAAAUAAUUUAAUUGAAUAUGUCCAAAACCUUGAGAAGACUGGGAUAUUGGAAACGAAAGAGAUGCUACAACUCCAUGAUGCUGUCCAGACUGAUUUGAAGAAAUUACUUAGAAAUCCUCCUCUGGUUAAGCUUCCUAAAAUAAGUAGUAUACAUCCGAUGUUAGGUGCUCUCCCACCUUCAGUUCGUGAAUCACUUACAAACUGUACCAAGGAAAUCAUGAAAUUGCGAGGUUUGACACUUUACAAAGAAGGUGCAAAGUCAAAUGGUAUUUGGUUAAUUUCUAAUGGAGUGGUGAAGUGGGAAAGCAAGAUGACAAGAACCAAACACUCUUUUUAUCCUACUUUUACGCAUGGGAGUACAUUGGGUCUUUAUGAAGUGCUGACCGGAAGACCAUAUAUCUGUGAUAUUAUCACAGAUUCCGUGGUAUUCUGCAUUUUUCUUGAAGCUGAUAAGAUAAGAUCAUGUCUCAAAUCAGAUCCUUCAACAGAAAAAUUCCUUUGGGAGGAAAGUGCUAUUUUCCUUUCCAAACUAUUGCUUCCUCAGAUAUUUGAGAAACUGGCUAUGCAAGAUUUAAGAGCUCUUAUUGCAGAUCCAGAGAAAUCUCGGAUGACCAUAUUCAUAAGAGGGGAAACAAUAGAAAUCCCUCAUCAUUCAGUUGCCCUCUUACUAGAAGGGUAUGUCAAAAUACAAGGUCGUCAAGAACUGUUAACAGCACCAGCAGCUCUGCUGCCUUCACCCGGGAAUCUAAGCUUCCAAAAUUUGGCAGGUUCAGGUUCCAAGGGAGCUAGUUUUACUCAUCAAGGAUCUUUUUACCUAGUUGAAACUACAGCAAGGGUAAUUCUUUUUGACAUUCCAGCAUCUGAAGCUGAUGCUUCUCUUCUUAGAAGGUCCAGUUCACUGUUAUCACAUGUUGGGGAUCAUCCUCAUAGAUCUUUUGGUCGAAAUCAUAGUGGUCUUAUGAGUUGGCCCGAACAUUUCUACAAACACAAGAAUCAUGAGCAGAGAUCUGAAGGGGUUGAGCAACAAACCAGUAGUUUGUCUGCAAGGGCAAUGCAACUGAGCAUUUAUGGGAGCAUGUUUAGGCAAGAUGAGGUGAUGUCCUACUCUCGGCUUGCAAUGAGUGAUAGUGCAUUAGGAAGCCUUGACCUUAAUCAUGAAGAGCCUUCAAGGUGGAAUUGA